AUGAGCAGGAAGUGUAGGAAGAGACCCUCCACAACGGGUUCCCCUUCGCGCUACCGUGGUGAAAGGAGGAACCGAAUUGCAGUUAGACGGCAAACAAGACAAAGUAGGAGCUUUCGUGGGGACGAACCCACCUCUCCUGUGCGCUCGCCUCAGUCCUCUUACGUUACAAUAGCAGGUAGCGCAUUUUCAUGCAGCGAUGACGAUGAAAGCUCUGAGUUGUCUGAUUUCGAUGUUAUUAACGAUGUUAUUCAAGACGCCCUGCUGGAGAGCUCCGACUCUAGUGACUAUGAUGACGAUGACGGCAACAUGAGCAUUUUGCAGGAACUACGGCCCUUUCUUUUUUGCUCGCUUUACACCGUAGAGGACCGCAGGCGGCGCUCACGAAAAGAAGUUACGGCGCCACCGGUGCGCCGAGUUUCCACCCGUCGCUCUCAAGGGAAAAGAAAAGGAGUGCUACUCCCGCAGGGUGGAGGUCCCCCGGGCGCGCCAUUGUGUUUUGUUGUUGACUUGGAUGAGACACUUGUUGCCGCUCGGGGUGGUUGUGCUCACUUGCGACCGCACCUGAAGGAGCUGUUCGACGUCUGUCAUGAGGAGGGUUGUGAAGUUGUGGUUUGGUCAGCUGGAACCGCUUCCCACGUUAAUGAGUUAGUGCAAGCGAUAACGACGGUUGUGCAGAGGCGUGCCUGGUACCAUCAUAUUAUUUCUCGUCACCACCGCUGGUUCAAGGAGGACUGUGGGGGCGUGAAGGACCUCUCAUUACUGGGUCGGCCUUUGGAUCGAGUGCUGUGCCUUGAAAAUAACCCGCUUUCUGUACACCGACAGCCGCGGCACAGCAUACUUGUUGAGGAUUAUGUCCAACCCGCUAAUUCCGACGACACACUGCGGUUCGUCGCCGGUGUUCUGCGCCGUAUCGCAUCCAGGUUGAGGUCGGCUGGUGAAAGGGGUGGUGAUGUCGCCCAACUGCUUUCUGUUGACUCCGGACUCGUCGAGCUUGUGAUCCCCAUAAAUCCCCAACUCUCUGUGACUGAUCCUCUUGUCAACAACUUGUAUUCCAUACAUAGCAGGGGGCUUCGUUAUUCACCUCAAAGUGUAUUUACGCAGCGUUGCUAUGGAGGCCAGCGUCCUUUCCCCGCAUCUGGAAGUUAA